UCUGUGAAAGUGAGUCCUAUAAAUACCAGCGUGUUCUGUUUUCCUCUAGUUUCGUACUGUGAGUCUUGUCAGUGUUCAGGAUGGCAGAAAUAUACGUGCAACACAUAGAGCUUUUGGGCUUUGAGAAAAGGUUCUACCCAAGUCAGCAUUAUGUCUACAUGAUCAUGGUGAAAUGGAGCGAUCAGUCAGAGAAACUGAUCUACAGAAAAUAUCCAGAAAUCCAUACUUUCCAUAAAUCCCUGAAGGAGAUCUUCCCGAUCGAGGCGGGUGACAUUAAUCCCAAAGAUCGUAUAAUUCCCCAUCUGCCAGCUCCGAAAUGGCUCGACAGCCAGAAGUCAACUGAGACUAGACAAGGGACUCUGACGGAAUACUUCCAGUCUCUGCUCAACAUGCCUUCGAAGAUCUCCCACUGUCAGCUAGUCAGGAACUUCUUCAAAGUACGGCCAGAUGAUGAGAGUCCACCAGCUCCUAAUGUACAAAAAAGGAACGAGACCUAUGUCACGUCCAGGGAUAGAGCAAGGACCGCCACCUCUGAAAUCACAGGUCCAAUCAUGCUGGAAACCUACAGAGUGAUAGCCGAUUACAGCAAAACCUCAAAAUAUGAGCUCAACCUGAAGGCAGGAGAUUCAGUGGACAUUGUGGAGAAAAGUUCCAAUGGUUGGUGGUUCUGCCAGUGUGAAGCACAGAGAGGAUGGGCUCCAGCCUCUUAUCUAGAACCACUAGAUGGACCUGAUGAGUCUGAAGAGCCGGAGCCCAAUUACGCGGGAGAGAUGUACAAAACCACAAAAGCCUACCAUGCAGUGGAAGAAGAUGAGAUCAGCCUGGAGGUUGGAGAAACCGUUGAGGUCAUCCAUAAGCUACUGGAUGGCUGGUGGGUGGUCAGGAAAGGAGAGGAGACAGGGCACUACCCCUCCAUGUUCCUUUGGAGUACCGGGGAAAAGAAGGAAGUGGAGGCUGAAAGGAGCCCUGUGACCAGGAACACUCCACCACCCAGGAGAUCAACUAUACGCAACCCCCAGAGCAUCCACACCAAAGGUCGUCAACGAAUCAGCCAAGAUUCAUACCGCAGACAGAGCCGCAAAUACUUACAGCAGCGAGGACGACUUGCGUCCCAGCCGAGGAAAAACUCCAGAUCUACAGCGGAGGAAAAUCCAGAAAACACCGCAAAAGAAGCUGCAAAAGAAGAAGCGAAGAAAACCCCAGCUAUUCCUCCAAGGCCUAGCCAGGAGCUCAUUAUGGAGCGCUGCACGGAAAACACACGCAAGAGAAUCAGCAUCCACGCCAACUGAAGUCAGCUAACCGCUCAGAAUCUCACCUGAAUAUAGAACUCCAAGCUUGACUCUGUCACUGCUGCAGCGUUUGCAUAAGACUUUCCGUUGCAAGGAAAUUGCAUGGCAUGAACCAGUAGCACGAUUUCAUUUCCCUGCUCAAGCACAUCUGAUUUGUAUUUGUAAAUGCCACAAAAAAACUAUGUUGUUUAGAGAACUGCAGGUCUGGCAGCUUAUAAAAUGUCAGCAAAACCCAGAGAAAGCUUCACUUCUGUGCUCCAUCUCUGUAGCCAAAGAGGACCAUAGCAGUCUUAAGCAUUGUGUAGGAUUGACUGCAUAUGUUGUUUUUAAUAAGCUAUAGUGUUUUUUCAUUGUACUUUAAUUAACAAAUAAAUAAAUAUAUAUUUAAAAAUG